GUGUUAGUUACCAGGUCAUAAAAUCCCUUAAAAAACAAUUGGAUUCAAUCCAAUCAAAUUUUAUCAAAUCUCAGAUUUAAAACACAAAAGUCAUGUUUCAUUUUCGCCAAUAUUUCUUCAAAAAGAAUGCUAAAACUACUGCUAUGUUAAGAAGUUAUCUUUGUAAAUAUUCACAUAAUACAAUACAAGAAUCCAAAAUGCUUUUCAUAGCCACUGAAGACAGAUAUAAUGGCCUUACAAUUGAGGACACAGAAAAAUCAACAGAAAUUGAAUUUAACGCUAAGCUAGACUAUUCCAUAAAUAAAUGGAAAUCAGAAGGCCGAAAAUGUUUAUGGUUUAAAAUAAAUAUAAAAAAUUCCGUUUAUGUUCCAUUGUUAGCACAAAAAGGUUUUAAUUUUCAUCAUGCCAGAGAUGACUUUGUGAUGAUGUACAAAUGGUUACCUGAUGACUCCGAACCAAAUCUACCUCCUGCCUGUCACACAAAUUUGGGUGUUGGUGCCUUAGUCUUUAACAGAAAAAACCAGAUGUUGGCUAUUUCAGAAAAACAUUACGAAUACCCACAUUGGAAAUUACCUGGAGGAUAUGUUGAGAAAGGGGAAGAUAUUGUAGACGCAGCGAUCAGAGAAGUCAAAGAAGAAACUGGUGUAGACGUGUCAUUUUUGUCUUUGAUUACACUUCGACACUCGCAUAAUAUGAUGUACGGAAACUCGGACAUUUACUUACUGCUCAUGAUGAACGCAAUCUCAGAUGAGAUUACUCUAUCUCAGAGAGAAGUCAAAGAUUGUAAGUGGAUGGAUAUUAAAGAAUACACCACUCAUCCUCAUGUACACGAAUUUAACAGGUUGAUUGUGAGAAAAGCCCUCGAUUACAAAACAAGAAAUAUAAAACUCGACAUACAGAAGCGUACAGUGAAAUGGUCACAGUUUGUUAGAGAAAUGAAUAUAUUAUCCCUCGAGGACUAUAAUUACCAUUGACGUCAUCAAGACUUAAAUCAAGAUGUUAACAAUUUAAAUAAAAUAAUAAUGAAUUUUUGGGGCUUCAGAAUUUAAUUAGAAAAAUUUUGUAUGGUACCUAAACUUAAGUUAUAGGUUUGUUACAUUUAUAUUGUGAUAUAUUAGUUAAUAUAAUGGUUAUUUAUUAGUAUAAGCCGUACUGUUUACUUCUGGACAAUAAAAGUUUUUUGGCAGGAACAAA